AUAUUCAUGGAAUACAUUUUAUAUUGUAUUGUAGAUGUUCAUUUUUUUAUAUACAUUUGCUCAAACUUUACAAAGUUUGACUUAACAAAAAAAAUAGCAUGGGAAGAUUUUGAAUGGGAGGGAGUAUUACUCCCAAAUUUCUGGACAGGAACGUUUGGUCUAUGGUCUAUGAAAAAAUAGUAAUUAAAUAAAAUGUCAAAAGAUUCUGAAAAUAUUUUUGAAAUAAACUUGACCUUUCAUUGUAUUUGUAAAAAACACAAAAACAAAGAACCCCGUUGACAUUUUUUCAAAAAAAAACAGCCAAAAUAGUGUGAAUAGUGACUUAUAACAGCAAUAAAAAACAUUCCCUGAAGUCGACGCUGGUUUUUUAUUUGUGAAAAUUUAUAUACUAGUGCAAAAGAAAGUCAAGUUUAUUCUAAAAAACUUCUAAACUUUUUUGAUUUUUUUUAAAUCCCUUAUCAGGUGUAUAUACACCUAGGAACCGAAGGGCAUUUCCCCAAAUUUCUGCGUGUUUUCUGUGCACCAUCCAAAUGCAUUACUUCUAUAAUUUCUACUUAUGUCUUUUUUUAGGGGAUACUUAUGUCUUCAAUAUGCGUUGUGUGAGUGUCUAUGUGGUGCUGUGAGUGUGUACGCGUCCGUUGUAUGUUUGUUUGGACACAAGACAGACCAAGGCCAGUUCCCGCCCGUUCGCAGGCAGCACCAGCACGUCCGCAACGGCGGCGGUUGCCGCCUUGCAGAUGCAGUUCCACGCCCCGCCGCAUUCUUCUUCCCUCCACACGGCCGUCUCCAGCAACCGAAGAAACGGAAGUCAUCCCACGUACAAAGCGGAAGGAAAUCCAUGGCGAACCGCGCCGCGCUCUCGCCACGCCCGAUCCUAGCCUUCUCCCUCCUCCUGUGCCUGGCGCCGCUGCGCCCCACGGCCGCGCAGGAGCAAUGGCCGCAAUACCCCAUCACGCCGCGACCGGCGUUCAUGUUCAGAUGGGUGGACGACAAGGGGUCGUUCCGGGCCGGCGACACCGCGACCGUCAUGAUCACGUCUUUCUACAUCCCCGACGCCAACGUGUCCGAGGUGCGGCGCAAGGCGGCCUUCAAGGUCACCCUGCACGGCCACGGCGGCAAGGCCGGCAAUAGCAGCUACCUCACCGACGUCGCCGUGCACCUCGAGGGCGACCUGCCGUCCUGGAACAUCACCCUCGUCCCGCUGCGCGCCGGGGACUUCAUCGCGCUCUUCGAGGAGGAGCGGUUCUUCCUCGGCGUGGACACGCUCAACUUCGCCGUGGCGGCCCGGGACGUGAACCCGUCCGCCUCCCUGGCCUCCUGGACGCACCUCUGCGGCGGCCGCGUCGCCGCCGGGUCCAAGGCGUUCGUGUCGGUCUUCCCCAGGGACGCGCUCGGCAACGGACUCCCGCGGGGAGCCGACAUGCCCUUCGGCAACUGGUACUUCGCUGUGUCCUGGUCCUACGUCAACGGGACGCCCGUCGAGUUCUCGGGCCUCGAGUACAACGGCUGGACGGAGGACGGGUGCAUGAGCAUCGAGUUCGUGCCGACUUUCGCCGGGGACUUCCUGGUGCACGUUCAUGCCGACAACACCAAACUGCGCGGCUCGCCAUUGCCGUUCACAGUGAAGCCAGGACUCAUCGACAUUGCGAAAAGCACGGCCGAGUGGAAGCAUGGAGCGAACGCUGUGCAGAUAUUCUCCAAGCUGGAGAUCUUCAUAAACCAGAGGGAUUCGUUUGGAAACCUUGUCCCGGGGAUCCACCCAUUCGAUGCCGCGGUGGUUGAGAGCGCCUCAAGGCUGUCGGUCCCGGUAGGGGGUCUCCGGAUCGAAGCUGUCGCCGAGGGAAUUCAGCGGCUCUCCUUCGACGUCGUGGAGCCCGGGGAGUUUGUGCUCACAAUCUUUGAAACUCACCUCAAGCAGAGGCUUUCUGAUACGGUGUACGUGUAUCAUGUCUUUGUAGGGUAUUGCGACGGAUCAAAAAGCAUCGUUAAUGGUUCUGGUUUAUUGCAAUCUGUUGCUGGCUCACCAUCAUCCUUCAUGGUUUACCUGCUGGAUCAGUAUGGAAGCCCUUCUCCGAUUGAUGUCGAAAUGCUGCGGGUGCAGAUUCUGAGCAGGAAUGGCCCGUCUGGUGUAAACCCAGUUAUAGCACCUGUAAGAGAACCAAAUGUUCAAAAUUAUUAUUAUACAUUAACGCUGAAUCCAUCUACAGAGACGAUAUCCACGGAUGGACAAACCAGUAAUUUCAAUGUUUCGUAUACUCCUGAAAUUGCCGGCGAGUAUGAAAUUUGGGUGUUGUGCGGGAACAUAGCGCUGAAUGAUGGAAAACCCUAUAACAUGACAGUCUCACCAGGUGCAGUGGACACAUCUUUAUCAAGUGCUCCAAUGUUUGAUCCAAAAGCCAAAAGAUCAGUCAGAAACAAUGUCACUGUUCGACUCGUUGACUCAUUCAUGAACCCAGUGGUAUCUCUGGAGCCAAAACUGAGGCUUCAGCUAACAUCUGCAAAUGUAACGGCCCCGAUGAACGCGUCAAGCUUCACCGCGGGGGAAUUUGUCAACAACAAAGAUGGAUCAUAUACUGCUCAUUAUGUGGCAAGAUAUCUUGGUUUAUAUGGCAUGUGCAUUCAAUUUGACAGCAGGCAGCUGGCUCCUUGUCCAUUCCAGGUCCUUGUUCUUCCCGACGAGUACUUCUCUGAAGUUCGAGAAGAUCACAUUUCAGUCUGGGAGGAUGAAUCUGUUUCCUUUGAUAUCUUGUCAAAUGACUACAUUGCAGUAGGACUAGCUGACGUAGUUAAUUUAUCUUCACCACUCCAUGGAGCGGUCCUACAGUACAAUCCGGGCUAUCGGUACACACCUUUUGAACGGUUUUUUGGGAAUGACUCCUUUUCAUACACAGUAUCUGAUAAGCAUGGCAACGUUGUCAGUGGCACAGUGUUCAUAUCUGUUCUCUGCAGACCACCUCAGUUCACCUCUUUGCCCAAACAACUGCAUGUGACAGAAGAUAUAAUUGGCCCAAAGUUUGGUGGGUUUCCGGGGAUUGAAAUGACAUAUUCAGACACAUCAGAGAACAUAUCGGUUACAGUGAGAGCGCAGCACGGCAAUGUUCUUCUUGCUCCGGUGCCAAUGAAACUGCAACAUCUAUUAGAUGAUACGCUUUCAAUCAGCAGGGUAGGCAGGUCUAGCCAAGCCUUGAAAAUACAAGGGAUGGUGGAGGAAAUAAAUGGAGCGCUAAAAUAUCUUCAGUAUAUCGGAAAUGAAGACUUCUACGGAGAUGAUGUUAUAAUGCUAUAUGCGAGGAACAGGAAUGGUAGGCAUCGUGAUGAGUUACACGUCUCCGUGGAGCCGGUCAAUGAUCCUCCGGUUAUACUGGCUCCGAAAUCAAUUUUCUUGGGUGGAAAAGAAUCGAGAGAUGGAUAUCAAAUCUUUGACAAGCAGAGAGACCCAUUUGAGUUCUCAAUCGUCGAACCAGAUCUUCGUUGGUACCCAGGGAACAGGUCUCACCUUCUGCUAGUGCUCUCCUUGGAAGUUUUUGAAGGAACCUUGAUGAUGACAUUGCCAGCCAGUCUCGUCGGCAGGGCGGAGCUCAAGACUGGUGGCAGUAACCAGUGGCAGUCGCUUCAGACCUAUGUGGCCAUUGCACAUCACUUGGUCUUGAGAGGAACUGGCAUCAGGCUCCGCUUGGAUGUCGCUGACUGCAACAGCGCAAUGCACCGGCUGUUUUACCAAGGUGGUCCAAGCCAUGCCACAAGCUUAUCCAUCACCGUAAACGACCUGGGGAACUAUGGGUGCUACCCAGAUUGUUCAGAGAUGAUGUCAAGGCCAUUGCAAGCGGAGAAGACUGUCCAGCUGAGCAAGAGGAAAGCAAUGAACUCAACAAGAGCCAUCUUGACCGGAUCGGCAAUCGCAAUCGAGAUCCUGGCAAUGCUGUGCCUUGGCGGGGUUCUCCUGUAUUUCCUUGUGAAAUGCAUGUGUGCCCUGAGGAUUGAACGAACAAGAGGCCGCCCCGGCAAUGAAGUUCGCACAUCAGAACGAACCGUGUCCCAUCAACUUAUGAGUUCGUCGCCCUCGGAUGAUGCUGGAUAUAGCUCUGCGCCUGCAGCGGUGCUCUCCUUGGGUGGAAACAGAUCGGGUUUUAGGCAGCGGUCUUGUAGGUCAUGCAAGCAGCAAGAACUGGAAAUGCAGCAGUUAUCUGGGAUCAGAAAUGAUGGAAACCAAGAUGAUCAGCCUGUCGUAGACAAGGACAAGUAGAACCCUUGCAUGGAAUCCAAAUUUUCUUCUGUGAACUCCAAACAUAAUAAGUCCUGAAUCUUGUUCGUUCAAUCCUCAGUGCUCACUGCAGAAAAAAAAAAUGUUUGGUUUGGCAGGGGGCUGUUUAUAGGGUAGGCUCAUGAAACUGGCA